AUUACUAACUGAAACACAGUUUAGGAUCUAUCUAUAUACAAAUAAAAGAUCUGUCAACUCAAAUGUCAAUUUUAUUUAUCAUGUUUUUAUAAAUGUAAUGUUUUAAAUAGUGUAUUAUUUUUGUACAAGUUUGAGUUUCAGCAUAUUUAUUUGGGUCAUAUUAGGAUGUAUAAAUUUGUUAACCUAUAGUAAAAAUAAUGGAAAACUCGGAUGAAGAAACAGAAUUAGAUCCUAGAAUACAGAUUGAAUUAGAAAAAUUGAAUACCACUACUGACGAGAUCAAUAAAUUGGAAAUAGAAUAUGAUGAGGAAAACAAGACAUUUCGUAUGCUACUAAAUGACUGUACCAGGCGGCUCAAAUUACUAUCUAAAAAAAUUGGUAGCUCUAUAGAAAAAUCUAGAACAUAUUAUGAACUAUUGGAGGUUGCAAAAAAAGCUCAACAAGAAUGUCAGGAAGCAGCGGCAUUGUACAAGAAAGCUCAUGGUAUUCACGCUGCAGCGAAAGAAACUGUUGCUUUGGCAGAAAGACAAUUUUUAACCAAUCAACAUGAAUGGCAAUUUGACAAUGCUUGGCAAGAAAUGCUCAAUAAUGCCACUAUGAAGGUUAUGGAAGCAGAAACGAACAAGGCAGAAUGUGGACGUGAUCAUCAACGAAAAGCAGCAGCUUUUAAAGAAAUUGAAGAAAAACUAAAAUUACAAGAUGAAAAAUUUCAUAAAGCAAUCUUGAAAGCACGGCCUUAUUUUGACGAAAAAGUGGUGUGCCAGGAUCAAUUAAAUACUCAAAAGAAUAGAAUAGGAGCUUUAAAACAAGAAAUACUAAAUUCAAAACAAUCUUAUUCGCAAACUUUGAAAAAUCUAGAGCAAAUAUCAAAUGAAAUCCAUAUGAAAAGACAAGGGAAAAAGCACGAAAAUGAUAUUUUGCGUGGGCCUCGAGAGCCAGGUGUAGGCGCCGAACUAACGUCUAAUUUCGAAGAAGUUCCGCUCACAAAACAAUAUCAGUCACUGCCAGAUAUUAUAACCGAACUUGAUAAAUACGACGAUUACAAUAGUGCCGUUGUUAGUUCAACUGUAAGUGAGAAAGAUGAUUGUGGAAGCGUAGAUAAUAUUGUGGGUAGUACAAUAAAAAAAUUAGAAUUAAAUAAAAGAUCCAUCGAAGGAACAAGUCAAACUGUAUUUGUUUCAGAAUUCCACUUAGGAAAACUAGAAAAAUAGUAUUUCAUCAAGUAUUCAAGAUUUUUUUCUUCAGUUUUCUAAGAUUUGAUGAUUAUUUUCCUUAUAGCUUGAAUAUUUCCAACAUCUUCAAAUCAUAUAUUAAAAUAUAUCAUCAUAUACACCUAAAACUUGCCAUUUGAAUAUAUUUAGUCGUGGAAACCUCCACAUAUGUCAUAAUUACGAUUUUGCAGGCCUUAGUAAAUUCAAAUUGUAUUGACAGCAAUUUUAUGUACUGAGGGUGGGUUGAGAAGCCUCUACUAAAGAUUAUCCCAACAUUGAUUAUUUCAAAUAAGAUCUUAAUUUCAUCAAAUUAACAUAAAUGUGUGCCGAGUGAUUCAAGCUUUAAUUUAUCUAUGUACAAGUGUAGUUAUAUAAACGUGAAACGAUGUUUUUUAUUAAACAAUCAACUCUGAGAAAACUAAUUUAACUAAAUAAGCCGCAUACUACUAAACCUGAUUUAAUUCUAUUUUCGCACACAUGUCAGUUAGAAAAUGCGAUAAUUAUCCUUGGUUACUCAUUACACUAAAUAUUUUUUCCUAUUUAAAUGAAUUGUAAGAAUGUUUGAAGCCGUUUUCCGUAUGCUACUCAAGCAAGUUACUUGUAUUCUAGUACUAGUUAUUUCUUGAGAACUGUUUUUCCAUUUUAUAUAAAUAUGAUAACGAUGGUCAGUCGUCGUAUAUUGUGGAGUUAUUAUAUUUUGAGCCCCUAGAAGCAGCUAAUUUAACCUGUUAUAUUAGUGCAAUGAUUUAUAUCUGCAGCUAAUUCUACAUCAUAAUACCAUAAAAAAUUUUUGGAUUUGUAACAAUAAAUGUGACAAAAAAUAUUUACAUAGAUAGACAAUGCAAAAAAUAUACGUACCAUAUAACACAUAGAAAAAUGUGCAAUUAAUUAGUGGUUAAUUUAAAUUCUCAGUGUCUAACACUUUGAAGUCAGGUUGUGAAAAAUGUGUAAAAAUUAUUUUUCCUCUAAUAAACAAAUUUCAUUCCACUAAAUAGUAUUUAAUUUCAAUUAAUUAGCAACCAGAAGUAUGAUUAGAAUGUGAGAUCCAGAAACCUCCCAUAGUUACACUAAUAUUUUGAACUACUUCAAAAUUUCAUUGGUUCUAUAUGGAUUAAAGACUUUCUAGAUACACACCAUUCAUGUAUAUUAAUUUAAUAGAUGUUUGGAACUGGAAUUUAAUUCUGCUGUCUAUAUUGUAAAUUAAAUUCUAUGACAUGGAAUUCUUAUCAAAUCUACUCACAAGACAUGUACAUCUACACUUUUAUAAAUUAAACACUACAGUGUAGAGGUGAUCGCACUCAUGACACUGACAAAAAUACACUAACACAUAAGUUCAACGUUUUCUUAAGAGGGGUCACCUAACAAAGAUAAAUAAUAUAAACAAAGACAAAACUACAAUACAAGUAAAAAACUUUCGAGUCAAUUUCACAAUACAAUAUUACAUUUGACAUCCACAAGCCGAAACGAUGCAGUUAUGACUGCCGUUGAUAAAUUAACAAAAUUAACAAGCCUCAACCAGACCCUACAAUGACACACACGCAAUGACUAAAGUAGAUAAAAAAUACUGCAAAUAAAACAAAUGAGAUAAAACUCUCCAAGGCAGUAGGUAUUGACUUUGGAGACUACAGGACUGAGACAAAUAACUUUUAUUACAGUUGAUUUGAACUAAAAUGCACUGCAAGAACUGAAGACCAUAUCAAAAACCAUUGUCCGUUACAAGAAAGACACAGAUAGAAAAACUUGACAUAGGUACUACUCGAUUAUGGACAUACAAACGAAAUAAAAACGUCUGGAGAGAAAAAAUUAUUACUAACAUAAUAUGUUGACUAAAUCCCCAUUAAAGGUGUAUAUCCAGAAAGUUUUUAAUUCAUGGUAUUUAAAUAAGAAAGUUUGGAAAAAUAAUUAUAUCGUUUUUACAAUUUAUAUUUUAUAGUCAUUCAAUUGAUCUGUUAAUUUAGCGUUUUUGUUAGUACAAAUAUUGUAAGAAUUUUAUGUGCACUAAGAAACUGCAUUGUAUAGGAACAUUAUUAAAUUUAUAAUUAUUUGUA